UCGGUUAGUGUCAAUGAACCGUUCGUGGGCUUGUUAACCUUGUCACAUAGUCGCCUGAACACAAAGACAGUCAAAGUGAUUUAGAGCUGGUCUAGUUGUUUACAAGAGGUUCUGUGCAUUCUUUUGUGCUUUUGUCACACAUCAUCGUCGUUAGAGAGAAAAGAAACUACCAAGAAAUUUAUAUUAAUAAAUACUUCAACAUUUUCUGCAAAAUAUAUAUCUUAUUUUUUCCGGGGAGCAAAAUCGUAAUUAGGCCAGAUAGUGAACCUAAUGUAGACUUGGAAAAAAAUAAAGUGAACAAGACUAUUGCUUAUACAAAUAGGAUAUAGUUGAAAUGUGGGUCGAGCGAUGCCAGAGACAAUAUUCAAGUUGAACAUGACAAGGGAGAUAACUUUGAUACGGAUUCUGCCUACAUGACAAGAUAUAGAUUAUUUCGUCAAGAAUAAAAUAACAAAGACCUAGAUAUCAUUUAAUUUAGUGCAUACACAAUUUUAAGGAAACAACCAAACAGUUUUAUCUGAAAGAUGUCUUCAUGUGAGAGUGUAGGUAUGUCCACAUGCAAUGCACCAGAGAGCAGUGACUCUCAAAAAGUAAAAGUGGGGACAUGGAUUGGUACUGCUGGGGGAGCUUUCAUAGCAUUACUUAUAGUGGCAUGGCUUUUGAGAACCUUCCUGAACCGAAGAAUACGAGAGAGAUUUCUUAACAGAUUUUGUCAGAGGAAGACGCAGCCUGCAAGACAACGUCCACCUAUUCAUCCUUCAGUAUCUUCUAGGCGAAGCUCAGCAGGUCGGAUAACAAACCAGAAACAUAUUUACUACACAUCCUCAUUGCCACCAUCAUAUGACGAAAUCAUGAGGAAGCCAUCACAGUAUUAUAUUCCGUCAUCACCAGAUGGCAACAUAAAUUGCCCGACACAGUUUUAUCAUCCAAAGUCGCCAAAUGGAAAUUCCUGCUUCUCAGAAAUGCUUCCGUUUUGGAUUCCAUGUAGCGGUUUUUUACCAUACAGAAUUCACAAAUAUCGAGGUUCAAUAUCAACGUUGAGUAUUAGCCUUCCGCCAAUUGAGGAAGAUGUUGAGUCUUCGGCACCCUCGACUCCAACCUUGGGCAACUCAGAUCAUUUUACAGUCGCAAACGAGACAGGGAUAGGCCAUCAUAACUCCUCGCUGGUAGAACCCACAUCCUUUCAGGUUUCACAAAUAGAACCCGAAGCAGCCUUGUUGUUAUCAACAACUAAUACUCCAUGCCUCAAAACUGAUAGCACAUGUCUCCAAAAUAAUACCACAUUCCUCCAAGAUAAUACCACAUGUCUCCAAAAUAAUACCACAUGCCUCCAAGAUAAUACCACAUGCCUCCAAGAUAAUACCACAUGCCUCCAAAAUAAUACCACAUGCCUCCAAGAUAAUACCACAUGCCUCCAAGAUAAUACCACAUUCCUCCAAGAUAAUACCACAUGCCUCCAAGAUAAUACCACAUGUCUCCAAAAUAAUACCACAUGCCUCCAAGAUAAUACCACAUUCCUCCAAGAUAAUACCACAUUCCUCCAAGAUAAUACCACAUGUCUCCAAAAUAAUACCACAUUCCUCCAAGAUAAUACCACAUGUCUCCAAAAUAAUACCACAUUCCUCCAAGCUAAUUCCACAUGCCUCCACGAUAAUACUACAUGCUUCCAAGCUAAUACCACAUUCCUCCAAGCAACAUCCUGCAACCACAAACUAAACAGCAGCGAUGCCAACAACAACAACGUCAUGAAUGUCAAGGACACAUACUCAGAUGACAAUAUUAUCAAGAUGUCUUCUGCUGAUAAGAUCGAAAUGAAUAGAUGAAUGAGAACAUUCAUUUUAUCUAAGAUCUGAAUUUUCUGUGUUUGAUUAUCAAGCAAACCUCGCAUCACGUUGUGGUUUGAACAGAUAGACGUAUUUCUUUUCCAAAUCAUCUGACAUGCAGAUUCAAUGGUGCAGUUGAUAUAAGACAGACACUACUAAGAUGCAAUAAAAUGACACAAUAGUUUGUAUUGAGUGCAGAAAGAAAUAAGAUUAAUAUGAAAAACGAAGUCGCAAUUUAAAUUGGAGAAUUCGACACGGAAAAGGUGAUAGUUCGUUGUUUUGAGCAGCGCAGUCUGGAAAAGAACUAUUCCAAACUUCAAAUUUUUAUCAUACGGAAAUUUAUAUAGUGUUUUUUUUUUAAUUGUUAAUUAAGUUUAUAGUGGAUAAUAAUUAAUAUGGAUAUGUUAUUGCAAUUAUAUUUUAUUACAUUUUAAUUUUUGUCUACGCGACCACAGUGGUCCAAGCACUUUCAUAGGUGUAAAUUAUUAAUUUAAACCAUUUUAUAACUUAUAACAGAUUUCCCGAGUUCUCCUGAUUUACCACAAAAUAUACGAAAAAGUCCUGGAAAUCUCCGGAAAUAAUUAAAAAUCUUUAGAAAACUCAUAAAAAUCUAUUGAAAUAUAUAGACAAAAAAUUUUCGUUUUGGGGUGUCAUUCAUUAUAGAAAACGCCAAUCCAACGAGCGAUAAAAAAAUCCCAUUAUGCAAUACCCGCAUUUGAAGAAUCAAGUAAAAAAAGCUUCUCGCACCUCAAACUAAUGAAAAAUUACUUGAGGUCAACAAUUCUCGUAGAUAGAUUGAAGCAUUUGGUAAUUCUUGCUAUUAAACGUGAUCAAUGUAAGAAACAGAAUUUUUAUGAUAUACUGUAUGUCUUCGCUAAACGCAAUGCUCUUAAAGAAAUUCUGUACCUAGUAAAGAAUGAAUAAAAUGCAUAGACGAAUUUAUUUUCUAAUACAAACUGAUAAUUUUUACUUAGUAUUCAUUGGGUCGCAGUCAUCAUUUUGGCAUUUUCAAGUUUGUUAGCUUUGAUAAAGUCUAUAGACUCAAUUUCCUUGUGAUAAUUAGCUAUACUAAUAAAUUGUGACUUAGUUGUAAAAAUAACUACACAUAAUAAAUAAUGGUGUCUUAGGGGUAAACAUAAAAUACUAUGAUAUAACAUAAGGACCUAAUAACAUUGUAAGAUUAUAAUGUCGCUGAACCUCUAUCAUGUUUUUGUCUAAUUUUUUUAUUUAUUAUCAGAAAUCAGUUUCUUAUUUUGAUUCUUAAUGAUGACUUUGUAAACUGUUAAUAUUUACUUGAGACCCUAAAAAAAUAUAUUCUAUAAAUUAUUAUUAUAAUAUUUUUUUCACAUAACCAUACAUCCAUGAGAUUAUAAUUAGAUAAUGUAACAAAUAGUAUUCUAAGCAGUCAGUUGAAAUACUAGAGCCUAGGAGAACUGCAUCAAGUAAAAAAAAAAAACUAAAAUUUCAAGAAAAGGAAUUAUUAUAUUAUUGUUUAUAUUUUUUCAAAUAAUAAUCUUAUAAUCAUCAUAACUAGUUCUAUAAUUUGCAAUUAUUAUAAGAGUGUAUGGGUUGUGUAGCAAUAAUAUAUGAUAUAUUGGUUAUAACUAACAAAUCUAUGAUCUGAAUGAUGUCUUGAUCUAUUUUGCUUCAUCUAUACUUAAUUGAUUCCUACAGUGGCAUAUCCUGCCAUGAACACUGGCAGUGUACGCCACACAAACAUUACAUUUUAGGAAAGAACAUGCUACAAGUGUGAAAUCUAUGAAUUAAUGAUGAUACUUGUUGAUGUCUAAGAGCUGAGCCGAAGGCUCUUCGAGCUCUAAGUUUGAAAAAAAACCUGUUUGGACGCCAAACAGUAAAAAAAAACAAACCUGUGUGAACACACAGUUCUGUUUGGGAGAGACCCUAGACAAUGCCUAUGUAAGGCAUUGCUGUUGACCGAUGCGUUCUGCCCCCGACACGUGGACUAGAGACACGGCCGAAGGCCGAGAAUGCACCGGGGACUUCUGCCAUUUUCCUUCAAUGUACCAAGCUAACUGUGCGGGAUCCGCCAUUUAUGUAACGGUCCCUUUGAGGAACAGCGCAUGGAUUGGUGACGUGUUUGUGGGGACUUUAUUACAACCCCGCCCGUGCAAUGGGUGGACUCUCGUCUACCCGUGGGCAUUCCCACGGGAGUCCUGUGUUGCUACCCAUUUAGCCUAGCCACUUCCUCAAAUGGCCGUUUCCACGCGGGCGCCACGAUGAGGCAGGGCAACGUGCCCGCGAAUGAUGAUACUAGAAUACUUUAUGUUUCUAAGCCAAUUCGUUUUAUUUGAAAAUAUUUAUAUAAAUGUGUUAUUACUUAAAUUUUACGAACUGGUUUCAUUUUAAUUUAGGCAAUGUUGUCACUUUGUCACUUUCAAGCGCAAUAAAAUAAUAAACCGCAACUGUAAAAGUCAAACAGCACGUGGCAAAAUGUAGACGAACAUGUUUUUAAACGAAAAGAAAAGAAAUAAAAGAAAAAAAAUUAAGAGUUUUUUUAAUAUACAUUUUUUAGAAACGUACACUGCCAGUGUACAAAGUAGGAUAUGGGUUAACUCCCUGCUCUGGGGAUAUUGUGUUUUAACUUACUGCUCAGUGGAUAUUUUGUUUUAACUCACUGCUCUACAGAGAUUCUCACUUAUCAAUUUAUGCUCUGCUGCUGUCCAUUGUAACUAGCAUUUCACUGAAGCUGUCAAUGCUCUCAGGAAUGGCGCUCAUAUCACAGACCUCACCUGAUGACAAGAAUAAGGAGCUAGAUAUGACACCCAUUAUCAUUAUGAAAGCAUGAGUUAGCAUAACGUUUCUUAAACUCUUACCGAUGGCCCCCCGAAAAUGGAAAAAAAAAUUGGCCGCCCUCCCCCCCUCUCGUACCAGAUUGAGACCAGGAGGAUAGCUGUAGAAUCCCGCAGUGUAGUUUUUAAAAGUUUAAAAAAUAUAAUACGGCCAAGAUAAUUUAAAAAAAAUCUAAAGGCAAAACAACAAAGUUUCUAUUAUGUCUAAUUGUAUCAAAUAGUUUGGAUCAGUCAUGUCAUCCAAUUUGUAGUAAAUCUAGAAUUGCAAUCAUAAAUGUAUUUAAUUAGAAAUAUUUGUACCAAUUGUUUUGUUUAUCACAAUUUCUUGCUUUUAACUUUCUCAAUGCGCUACAACCCUAUCACAUGUGUGGACCAUUUGGGAAAAAUAAAAGGGGAUUGAGAAUGGUG